UGUGAUAGAUUCAUGAAUAUUCAUAUUACGCCACCUCGGGAUCGCUUUUUUGCUGGUGCUGCUUUCUUCACAUUCGGCUACAAAAACCACUGAAUAUGUCUUUGGAAAUCGAAUCUGCUGAUGUGGUGAGACUGAUCCAGCAGUAUCUGAAGGAAGCAGGUCUGCCUCGGACCUUGGCCACCCUUCAGGAGGAAUCUUCUGUAUCCCUCAACACGGUGGACAGCAUUGACCAGUUCAUCACGGACAUCAACAGCGGUCAUUGGGACACUGUCCUGCAGCAGAUACAAUCACUCAAGCUCCCGGACAAGACCCUCAUUGACCUCUAUGAACAAAUUGUGCUUGAGUUGAUUGAGCUGCGUGAGCUUGGCGCUGCUAGAUCACUUCUCAGACAGACUGAUCCAAUGAUUAUGCUCAAACAGAACCAGGCUGACAGAUACGUCCAUCUAGAAAACCUCCUUGCUAGAUCCUACUUUGAUCCUCGUGAAGCGUACCCUGACGGGAGCAGCAAGGAAAGGAGACGAGCAGCCAUCGCCCAGGCCCUCUCUGGGGAGGUCAGCGUGGUGCCCCCAUCACGCCUGCUAGCCUUGCUUGGACAGUCUCUUAAAUGGCAGCAACACCAGGGUCUGUUACCUCCAGGCGUGACCAUAGAUUUGUUCAAGGGUAAGGCAGCCGUCAGGGAUGAGGAAGAGGAGAAGUAUCCAACACAACUCAGCAAGACCAUCAAGUUUGGUCAGAAGUCCCAUGUGGAAUGUGCAGCUUUCUCUCCGGAUGGUCAGUUCCUAGUGACCGGUAGUGUGGACGGAUUCGUUGAGGUAUGGAACUUUCAGACAGGAAAGAUCAGGAAGGAUCUCAAGUACCAGGCAGAGGAUUCGUUCAUGCUGAUGGAUGAUGCUGUGCUAUGUAUGUGCUUCAGUCGGGACAGCGAAAUGGUAGCUACAGGGGGUCAGGAUGGUAAGAUCAAGGUUUGGAAAGUUCAGACAGGGCAGUGUUUGAGAAGAUUUGAGAAUGCUCACAGCAAGGGAGUCACUUCUGUCAAGUUCUCCAAAGAUGCCACUCAGAUACUCAGCUCUUCAUUUGAUCAAUCUCUAAGGAUACAUGGAUUGAAAUCUGGCAAGACAUUGAAAGAGUUCCGAGGACACACAUCAUUUGUGAAUGAAGCCGUCUUUGCUCCUGAUGGUCAUCUUGCUCUCAGUGCUUCAUCAGAUGGUACCAUCAAGGUCUGGAACAUCAAGACUACAGAAUGCAUCAGUACCUUCAAAUCACUGGGAGGCUCAUCAGCUACUGACAUCACAGUCAACUCUGUUAUGCCGUAUCCCAAGAAUGCAGAACAGUUUGUUGUCUGUAACCGUAGCAACACUGUCGUUAUCAUGAACAUGCAAGGACAGAUUGUUCGGAGUUUCAGCUCUGGUAAGCGGGAGGGAGGAGAUUUCACAUGUAGUUGCUUAUCACCGAGAGGGGAAUGGAUCUACUGCGUAGGAGAGGAUUUGGUGCUCUACUGCUUCUCUACAUCAACUGGAAAACUAGAAAGGACACUCACUGUCCAUGAGAAGGAUGUGAUAGGCAUUGUACCCCACCCUCACAACAAUCUUCUAGCCACAUACAGCGAAGAUGGUCUCCUCAAGCUAUGGAAAUCAUGAGCUGCCUGCACAGACAGGAGAUAGACUUUAGUUCAUAGGACUUUAGCUUUUUGAAAUCUAACGUGGGUUAUUUUCCCCUGCAUGCCUAAAAGUCAAUUAGGGUCCACAUACAAAAAUCGUUAUUGGACAUUCUGAAAAAUAUUUUUGGCAUCAAGUACACCUGGGCCCCGUCUUACUAAGAGUUUCGAUUGAUCCAAAUCUAUCGCAAGUUUGCAGUCUCCUAUCGCUUAUGUACAUAGUUGCGAUUGAUAUCAACUCUUUGUAAGACAGGGUCCUGUAAUCCAAUACAGUGGAUCGUCAUUAUAAAGAACUCUGUAACUAUAACAAGUAAGGAAUGUUCCUACUUCUUUGUUUACUGUUGUUUCCUCUCCACCCUCCAAUAGAUCAAGAAUUCAAGAAUGCUUUAUAAAAAUUUGACUUGGACCCAAGGAGUUUGUUAUUUAGAUUCCACUGUUAUUAGAGAACAAUUGUAUCAUUAUACCGCCGCCCACUGAAGGUCGUGCCGGAGACAUUAUGUUUGAUCCCGCUUUCUCGUUAUCACAUUACUUUAAGAAAUAAUUGAGAUGUGAACUUCACCGUAGGAAAACAAACUUAUUAUAUAUUGGGGUCAAAGAUCAUAAAGAUCAAUUCCAUAACAUUCUGUGUUUCUGGCUUUGAUUUUUUUUAAAGAUAUCUGAAGUACCAUUUGAGAAAAUUGACCUUAACCUGGGUAUAAUUUCAUGUACAUGUAUCACCAUAGAGGAACAGAAUGAUAAGAUUUUGAGGUUUUGGGAUCAGAGGAUUGAGGUCAUGAUAUCAUAUGUUUUGUCUACCAAAUGUAUAGCUAUUAUCUUUCUGAAAUACAAUGUAUCCUGAACAUUAAGUAAAAUGAACUGAAUGCAGACAAAGGCAUAUCAGAGAGGCAGUCUCUCUCAUCUUGUUCAGUUUCAUGAGUUUAAAGGUAAAGACCAGUUUUGGAAAUGCCCCCCUCUCAAAAAAUGAAAUGGAAGCUCUUAUUACCAAUCAUGUGAAAGAAUAUGUUUUGUCUAAUACGUGAUCAUACAAAUUUUGCCGAGAAACCGCCUACUAAUUGAUAUAUUUGGUAAAUUAUUAUAUCUAUUUGGACCUGAUAGAUAUAAUGUUCGUGUCACGCAUUCAAUUUGCGUGACGAUUUUCCUCACUACCAUCACUUCGUGAAAAUAGGGACGUUAUAUGCUAGAUGAUCAACCUUUUCUGAUUGAUUCCACGUUUGUUUUACAAUACGAUCGCAUGACCAUAACUGGUUUUUAUCUUUAAGGUUGCAUAUAUUUCCUGUAAUUUGAAUUUAUCAUGCAAAGAGAUAGAUUGUGAUUUGAUGACUGACGCAUUAAUCAGCUGUAUCUUCAUGAUGCAAAGGCUCAUGUAAUGUAUUUUCUUCUUAACCCCAGAUUAUGUACAAGCCCUACUGUGACAAGAGAAAGAUACUGUCAUUAGAAACUUGUGACAAAAAUUGAGGAAAAAAUGCCUGGUUAGGAAGAAAUAAAAGUUGUAGGCAAGAAUAAUUUGGACUUGAAUAUUCCAUUCAUCUCUGACAUUAAUAUAGGUUUUCCUGCCCUAUUUUUGUACUUGUUAAGUGUAUUAUGUAUACUUUUUUUUAACAGAUCGUGCUUUAUGUCAUGUUUGGGGUUAGAUACACACGAGAUAUUUCAAUAAUAGGUCAAAUUUCAAGGUACAUAAAGUUUGCAUAAUUUAUUCAAACAGAUUUAGAUUGCAAAGAACAAACAGUGAAAAAAAAAGACUGCCCAAUGCUAUAAAUGCUUGCUUAUUCAUGAAUUUGAAUACCUUAACGUUCAUCAGGGCAGUGCAUGUGCGAAGUUGAAUGCAUUUACAUGCAUUUUCAAUUUGAACAGGCUUUUUACACGUUUAUGUGAGAAAAUCAUGAAAUCGCAUGCUUAUACAAUUAAAUUGUGAAUGAAAUGAUUAGCUUUUUAACUGUUGAUCUCGGUGAUCAUGAAAUUGAAUGAUCGCAUCGUUGAAUCGGAUGCAAGGUUGACAAAAUUGGGCGGAAAAACUUAUAGUAGUCGGUUCUUGUAAAGCACUCACGUCUGGAGCUCAAUUAUUAUUAUCCUGACUUAGCACCAGGUUUGUGCAACACUCGAGCAUUCCAUAGAUUACUUAUCUUAAGACAUCAAUUGAUUAAUAAUUUUGCCUAACAAGAUCUAUGAAUGCAUUUAACUUAAAGUUUUUAAUGAAAAGAUCAAGAAAUAAGAUAGUGGAUAUAAAAGAUAUGAUUGUGAUGAAUGUAGACAAGAUAGCAACUGAAGGGUUUACACAUGUAUCUAGCAAUGUACAUUUGUUGAGCAUUGAUUUGAUGGCACUCAUCUAGCUGCUAGGGACAUGGCAAACUAUCAUUUCCCAUCAUAGUGAGGCGUAGCUUUUAUUCAAAUGCUCUGUAUAGAUAUUGUAUAUAUGAUCAUGUAUGCUUCAUAAAUUUUGUACAUAAAUUCCCA